GGACAGCAGUUUCCUGCGUCUCUCCGUUUCGUUUAUCUGCCCUCAACUAUUAGGAACGGAGGAGACUGUCGGUUCUGCUCAUCCAAAAUGACUAUCUACACGUAACCGCCUGGGGAUUUGGACCAAAACAUCGCACUGACCCUGUGAGCGCUAACAAUGGCCCAGUGCGUGUGUCCGGAGACGCUGUCAGCUGUCCAGCUCAAGCGCCUGGAGGAACACAAGUACAGCGCGUGUGGUCGCUCGCUCUUCGAGCCGCCGUGCCAGAUAUACUGGAACUGGCUGGUCCAGCAGAUCCCGACAUGGGUCGCGCCGAACACGCUGACAAUCACUGGACUUCUUAUUAAUAUUGUAACGACGGUCAUUCUCGUGUAUUACUGCCCCACGGCCACGGAGGAGGCUCCAGGUUGGGCCUUCUUUCUCAGCGCCUUAGGUCUCUUCAUCUACCAAUCACUGGAUGCCAUUGAUGGAAAGCAGGCCAGACGGACCAAUAGCAGCUCAGCUCUUGGGGAGCUCUUUGACCAUGGCUGUGAUGCCGUUUCCACAGUGUUUGUUGCUGUGGGAUCGUGUAUAUCCUGUGGGAUUGGCGCUCACCCCAACUGGAUGUUUUUUUGUGGCUUUGUGGGCAUGUUCAUGUUUUUCUGCGCACACUGGCAAACAUAUGUGUCUGGAACACUCCGCUUUGGAUUGGUUGACGUGACAGAGGUCCAGAUUGCUAUUGUAAUCAUGUAUAUGAUGUCAGCUUUCGGAGGAGUGAGUCUAUGGGAGACUACGUUGCCUGUGCUUGGUGUGAAGUUGCAAACCCUUCCAAUUGUUGGCAUUAUUGGCGGAUUUCUGUAUUCAACCUACAGCUACUUCUACGUCAUCCUGAAUGGCGGUGUGGGCAAGAACGGCUCAACUGUUGCAGACACCAGUGUUUUGUCUCCUGGUCUACACAUCGGCCUCAUCCUCACUCUGGCCUUUAUCAUCUUUAAGAAGUCCUCCAGCCAGCUUUUUGAGCAUCAUCCAUGCCUCUACAUCCUCACCUUUGGCAUGGUGAUCGCCAAGAUCUCUAAUAAGCUGGUGGUGGCCCACAUGACCAAAAGUGAGCUUCAUCUUCAUGACACUGCCUUCAUUGGUCCUGGGCUGCUCUUCCUGAACCAGUACUUCAACAGCUUUAUUGAUGAGCACAUUGUCCUUUGGAUAGCCAUGGUGCUGUCCCUGAUGGAUCUGGUGCAUUACUGCACAGGCAUGUGCCAACAAAUUGCCUCCCACCUACGAAUCCGAGUUUUCAGCAUCGCCCCACAGGCCCACAGAGACUGACAUUUUGCCCAGCGGGAGCAGGAAGUGGGAUCUAAAGAGAAAGACAUUGUCCCGCUUCUCAAGCUAGAGCAGGAGAGCCCCACAAACCAAAACCGCAACAGCCUUGACAGCGUUACCGCCGCAAACUAAAAGAACGGAAAAUAAUUGUCAUCAUUUUACCAGGUUUGAUUGGACCAUCUUAAGAAAGACCAGCACAUUGUUUUUUUUUUAACCACACUGGACUGUAUCUCACUGCAUGAAAAUGAAGAGUUUAGACACCAAACAAAAUCUACAAAAUGUGGCCUCAGGGUAGCUCAGCCAUGUGAAAGUUUAUUUGUUGCCUCUACAUGGUUAAUUCUGUUCAGGAAUGCACCUGAAAUUAUUUUUAAAGACAAAAGGGUAAUUGGUUGGAAAUCUAAUAAUAAUAAUCUGUCUGAUUUUGAAUUGGCCCAAAAUUUCCAAUUCACAUCUUUAUAACCAAAUGGUUUUGUUGAAGUUCUGUCAAUUGUCGCAAUUUGAGCUUUUGUCCAACAUAAUUUUUUCGAAGUAAACUUUUUGGAGAGCUUUACAAAAGUAUUGAUCAAUUUGCACUUUGUUUUUUGGGUUUGAUUAAGCUGAAUUUAAAGUCAUAAUUUUUAAUGAAACAAAGGGAAGCUACAGCUGCAGUUUGGGCAUCAAUUAAUAGCAAUCUGGCACAGUUUUUUUUAACUCGACCAUAGAAAUCCAUAAUUUCAUUUAGUCCCACGUUUUCUUGAAUCUUAAAGUCAGCAGAAGCAAGUAUUAAGAACACAUUUUAUUGUUUUAAGACCUUAUAUAGCCACCAAACUGCCAGUGGUUUACACCACGCAACCUUUUUUAUGGUAGAAGAUUUUUACUGUCAUUAGAAAACACAAGCAGCUAUUUGUAGAUCAUGUGAUUCUUUAUAUAAGAAAAAAAAAAACUUUGACCAAACAGUCAUUGUAGCUUUCAGAAGUAAAAAGAAAUGUUUAGUGAUUGUCCAGUGAUUAAAGUGUUUGUAUUUAUAUUAGUAAUUUGUCAAAAUUUUGUGUAAAAUAAUUCGUCUGUUUAAAAAAAAGAACAAUUUCAUUGUCAAGUUUAAUUGUGGCUAUGUGCUAAAAACACAUAAACCUCUUAUUUUGAGAAGAGCUCGACCCCCUUUUACCCCAGUCAUUGUACCCCAUUGUACACAGACGUCCUGGUGGUAUAUUUUACUUCCCCCGGCUCAAAGUGAGCUCUUUACAGAGGUUUGUGUUCUCUUUUUACUCUGUUUUGGGGGGGUUUUGGGGGUGGUGAUCUUUUGUGUGUGUUGUAUGAUGCACUGACAUCUUUGCCUGCUUACAAUCAUCUCCUCCCUAAAGGGCUAAUAAAACAAAUUUCUUGUGAUUUAAAUAUAGAA